AUGGGAUAUCGCCGUUUCAAUGAAUCAUUCAUACGACGGGCUGUAAUCUGUUCCUUGGCGAUAUUUCUGGUAUCGGCCACACAGAUGAUUCGUUUGAGUUCAAAGGAACAACAAAAGCUGCAAAAACAAUUCAUACCACUUCCACAACAACAAACUUUAAAUUUUCAACGACGAAAAUUAUUGGGAAUUUUACCGGAAUGUAAAAUUAAUGAAAUGAACCGAACCGUGACAGAUUCGAAAGAUGCGGGUCAAUUUCCGCCGGAUCAGUUUACUCUCGAACAACGACGUCAUGGAGCAAUAAUCCUGCACAUCAUUGGUUUAAUUUAUAUGUUCAUUGCGCUAGCCGUUGUUUGUGAUGAAUUCUUUGUACCGUCAUUGGGUGUUAUCACUGAUAAAUUGGCAAUCAGUGAUGAUGUUGCAGGUGCAACAUUUAUGGCUGCCGGAGGUUCCGCACCGGAAUUUUUCACAUCUGUCAUUGGCGUUUUUAUCGCCGAGAAUAAUGUCGGCAUUGGUACCAUUGUCGGUAGCGCUACAUUCAAUAUACUCUGUGUCCUCUCAUGUUGCGCAAUAUUCUCUCAUAAUGUUUUAGUUUUAACCUGGUGGCCCUUAUUCAGAGAUGUAACAUUUUAUGUGAUAGCAUUAUUUAUGCUUGUUAUUUUCUUUCUCGAUGAACAGAUCUUUUGGUUCGAAGCAUUUGGCUUAUUUAUUAUUUAUUUAUUAUAUUGCAUAUUUAUGAAAUAUAAUGAAACUAUCGAGAAUUUUGUCAAAUGUUACUGUUCGAGUAAGAAAUCGAAGGAAAACAAAAAAGAUAAUAAAGUGCGGGAAUUGGAAGAGAAAGACAAUACGGUAAGAUAUGAUGGUGCUGAUAAUACCACUAUACCACGAAUACAAUCGACGCAACAGGAUCCGGUGAUAGCAACGAUUGACCAACAACAGCAGCAAAGAUGUAAUAAUUCGUACAUACGAGCAUCUAAUCACUGCACGCGUCGUCAAUCUUUCCCAAUUUUACAUAGUGGUGCAAUUUUCCGGAACGGUAUUGUUGAGCUUCUGGCUCAAGGCCUUAAUCCAUUACAGGAAGGCAUUAAUGAAAAUUUAAAUGAACAAAAUGAAAAUAAUAAUACGACGCGAGCGCAAAUUGCACUUGAUCAAAUUGUUAGUGGAUGGCAAUAUCAUCCAAAUAAUGAUCGAAAGACUACUGUGGCAAACGAUAUGGGACGACCAGAUUUAGAAAUUGGUCGAGGAAGAAGUAAACGCACUUCAGUGACAAGUAAACGUACUUCAAUAUGUCCCAAUACAACUUCCGUAUUAGAAAUAAAAGGAAUGCUUGAAGAAAAUGAAGAAAAACCAUUAGAUAUGUCAUGGCCUAAUAAAUUACAUCGUCAACUUCUUUAUCUAUUCUUAUCACCAAUUUUAUUUCCAUUAUGGGUGACAUUACCUGAUGUCAGGAAGCAGAAUUUACGCAAAUGGUUUCCAAUCACAUUCAUUGGUUCUAUUUUCUGGAUUGCAUUUUAUUCUUAUAUUAUGGUUUGGAUGGCUAAUACUAUUGGUGAAACGAUUGCUAUACCCACUGAGAUAAUUGGAUUGACAAUAUUGGCUGCGGGAACAAGCAUACCUGAUUUAAUUACCAGUGUUAUUGUGGCAAGGAAAGGUCUCGGUGAUAUGGCUGUGUCGAGUUCUGUCGGUAGCAAUAUUUUCGAUGUAUGCGUUGGUCUACCAAUUCCCUGGUUAUUAUUUUUUAUUGUUGAACCACUGCGUAAUCCUGGUACCACACAGAAUCACAUUUCAGUUUCCAGUAAUGGUCUGAUAUGCAGUGUUGGUAUGCUUUUCAUUAUGCUUAUGGUACUUGUCGCAUCCAUUGCUUUAUCACAUUGGAAAAUGAAUAAAUUAUUUGGAGUUAGUAUGAUUAUAUCAUAUAUUGCAUUUUGUGUAAUAGCUGUUGCCCUUGAAAUGGGUUAUUACACAUGUCCACUCAAAAUAUGUUAA